GCAUGUUUGGCUGUUAGCUGGCUCAGCUUUUUCCGACUCUGGCUGGUAACCACUGGUAACCACUUCGCGUUUCAUUUUUUUGUUAACCACGGCCAUGCUGGUAGAAUUUUACGUCGAUCAGUGAUUUUGACUAAUAAUCCAUCUUGAAGAUAUAACAAGUUGCAAUUUGUUACCACUUUAGUCAAUGAAAUGGAAGAAAUUUUAAAUAUCAAAGCUGAUGAAGUUAGGCUUGGAUUGUUUCGAAUAAGAUGGAUAUUUAAAACCGAUAUGUUUUUGAGUCAAGUGCUGGGUACUCGCCAAGUGAAAACUCAUCUAUGUGGUUCCCGGUUUAAUCAUGUAGGCCUAUUUAACUUGAUAUACUCUUUUCAACCUACGAUUAACAAAACUAGGAAGUACACUGCCACACUAACAGUUGAAAACACAGCUUGCAAGACCGAUUUCUGUGAGAAUGGUGGGAAUUCUGAAAAAUUGAUAAUACAGCAGCUGCCAGGAUCUAAUAUAACAGAUUGGAAAAUUGACCCUCUUUACAUGUGGUGCAAUUGCUCUGGUUGGGAUUUGACAGAAGCCUUUCAUCUGAUUAAGAAGAAUUCAGUUGAUUGGAUUAUAUCAUUGGAAUGCGAUUCACCGAUCAAAGGCAUUAUCCUAUGGAUAGACUUCGGAACGAACACCGCGGCCGAAAUUAACAUCCUUAACCGACUGGGUGAAAUGUUCAACAACCAAACUAACUGUGACGUUCAUUUUCAAUUCAAAGACUUGGAGAGCAUCGGAGCUCAUGCUAACAUUUUGUCGACCGGGAGUCCUGUAUUCGCUGCCAUGUUCGGGUCCAGUUAUUUGGAGUCGAAAUCGAGAAUAGUGAUCAUCGAUGACAUCGACCCCGAAGUUUUCAAGCAGUUGCUGAUUUUUUUUUAUACCGGCAAAGCUCCUAGAUUGAAUGAGAAGAACAUCGUUCAACCGCUUUAUGAAGUUGCAGAUAAAUAUGGAGUUGUAAUUCUGAAGAAAGAAUGCAUCAAAGUAUUGCAGACACAACUGAGCACCGAGAACGCCAUCGACAUUUUGGUUUGGUCCGAUUUCUUCUCUAUAACGAAUCUUUUUGAAAUUGCCAUGGAGUUUUUGUUGGAAAAUUCCCGUGAACUUUGCUUUCAGCCUCAAUGGAUGAAUUUCAUGAAGAACCACCCGGAAUUGUGUCUGCAGGCAAACCAGCGUAUGGCAGCUCUGCUACCUCCAUCGAAGAAACGUGCCAUUUGAAAACAAAACAAUAG